AUUUCGUCGAGGACAAAGUGCAGUGUGUGUGAUGACUGCUGUCCGCACUUCAUCGUCGGGGCACGAGGACCGCCUCACCCCGCCCGCAGGCGCGUGCCCGGAGCGCAGCCACCACUUACGCGGCGCCUCUGAAUUCUCACCCUUCUUGUCGCGCACAUCAAGUUCAUUCUGAAGGAUGGGGGUGGAUGACUGAACAGUAGUGUGAGACAAAUCCUCGAGCAGGAAGAAUUUCACCACUAGUUUCACGUCAGGGUACCACGGUAAAUUCAGACGAGGCCUAAGUAAGAGGAGCCACGCGCCGAAGAGCCGUUCGAACGCGCGCGCUAAGUUUCGCCGCUUUCCCGCGGGCUCCUUUCCCGCCUCACUUGUGGGAAAGUUCGCGACUGCUUUACGCUUGAAGGGAGCGCACGUGCGCUCGCUCGCGCCCGCCCGCCCGCCGGCGGAUGGAUGGCGCCCUAACGGUUCUGCACUCACUUCCAAGCGCACCGCGGUGAACUGGAGCUACGGAGCGCCAUGUGGCGACAGGUGCUCGUCCUCAGCAUCCUUCUUCUGUCGGCUGUCCAGCGCUGCUCUGCGCGCGGCCGCGAAGUGGCAGUAUGCUUCGGCACCCAGAACUCCCUCAGUAUGACCGGCACCUCGGAGGUGCAGUACAACAUUAUGAAGGAAAUGUACAGUGGCUGCGAAAUUGUCAUGGGAAACCUGGAGAUCACACACAUGGACCACAGCCGGAACUUCUCCUUCCUUCGGUCCAUCCGAGAGGUGACCGGCUAUAUUCUCAUUGCCAUCAACCAGUUUGACCGACUGCCGUUAGAUCAACUACAAGUGAUCCGGGGCAAAAACCUGUUUGAGAACCGCUUUGCCCUGUCUGUGUUCCUGAACUACCAGAAGGAUGGGCCUUAUGGCCUGCGAGAGCUGGGAUUUACCCAACUUACUGAAAUUUUGGAAGGAGGGGUUCAGAUCUUGAACAACAAGUUCCUGAAUUAUGUUUCCCUGGUGAACUGGGCAGACAUCGUGCAGAACAGCAGUGCCCAGAUCGACGUCAGAAACAACAGCAUGAUGGGUCAGUGUGAUGCUGCUUGUGGUGGAUAUUGCUGGGGUCCUGGACCAAACAACUGCCAGAUCUUGACCAAGACGCUGUGCGCUCUGCAGUGCAGCGGCCGUUGCUUCGGGACCAGCCCCAGCCAGUGCUGCCACAUGGAAUGUGCCGGAGGUUGCACCGGUGCUCAGAACACCGACUGCUUUAUCUGCAGGCAAUUCAAUGACUCCGGCUCCUGCGUCCCUCACUGUCAGACCUUCAUCUACAACAUGCACAUUUUCCAGAUGGAGCCAAGCCCCAACACCAAGUACCAGUAUGGCUCAAUAUGUGUCUCCCAGUGUCCCAUGAACUUUGUAGUGGAUGGAAGCUCAUGUGUGAGCAGGUGCCCCGUGGGUAAAAUGGAGGUUCAGAAGAACGGGGUGAAGCAGUGUGAGCCCUGCGGGGGCAUGUGCCCCAAAGUUUGCACGGGCACGGGGGCGAUCGACAGGCAGACGGUGGACUCCACCAACAUCGAUAGCUUCAUAAACUGCACCAAGAUCCAGGGCAGCCUGCACUUCCUCUCGACGGGAAUCAACGGCGAUGUGUAUCACAACAUCCCACCUCUCAACCCAGAGAAACUGAAUGUCUUCCGCACUGUCAGAGAGAUCACAGAUAUCCUGAGUAUCCAUUCAUGGCCGAAGGAGCUGUCUGACCUGUCGGUGUUCUCCAACCUCACCACCAUACAGGGCAGGUCUCUGUACAACGGAUUCUCCCUGGUGGUCAUGAGGCUCCCCUCGCUCACCUCCCUGGGUCUUCGCUCCCUGUGUGAGAUUAACGAUGGGAGCGUGUACGUCAGCGACAACAAGAUGCUCUGCUACCAGCACACCGUGAACUGGACCCAGCUGUUCGCUGGGACACGUCGGAAUCGGCGGCAUGUAACCGUCGCGAACAACCGGCCCCAGCAAGAGUGCAUUGAGGAGGGACAUAUAUGUGAUCCCCUCUGCUCUGAUGCGGGCUGCUGGGGCCCAGGGCCCGACCAGUGCCUCUCCUGCAGGAACUACAGCCGAGGAGGGACCUGUGUCCCCCAGUGCAACUUCUACACUGGGGAGCCAAGGGAAUUUAGAGGGCCCAACAAGGAGUGCAUGGCCUGCCACUCGGAAUGUCUUCUCCAAGAAGGAAGGACCAGCUGCACUGGACCGGGUGCCGGUGACUGCAUGAGCUGUGCCAACCUGCAGGAUGGACCUAAUUGCGUCUCCUCCUGCCCCAGCAGGGUAAUGGGGGAGAAGGGCCUCAUCUUCAAAUACCCCAAUGCCCAGAAGCGCUGUGAGCUGUGCCACCCGAACUGCACACAGAGGUGCUCAGGCCCGGAACUUAAAGACUGUUUGCCUAGCGACACAUCUGGACUGCCUACGACAGGCAUCGUCCUGGGGAUUGUCGCUGGUCUGCUGGUGUGCUUCCUUCUCUUUGUGCUCACCAUGCUGUACCAGCGAGGUCUGGCCAUCCGCCGCAAAAGAGUCAUGCGGAGGUACCUGGAGAGUGGGGAGAGCUUUGAACCUCUGGAUCCUGGAGAGAAGGGGGCAAAGGUUCACGCUCGAACCCUGAAACCCCAAGAGCUGCGCAAGAUCAAGGUGCUGGGAUCUGGUGUCUUUGGCACUGUGCACAAGGGUGUAUGGAUCCCGGAAGGUGACUCGGUCAAGAUCCCAGUGGCCAUCAAAACCAUCCAGGAUCGCACCGGCCGGCAGACCUUCACUGAGCUCACCGAUCACAUGCUAGCAAUGGGCAGCCUAGACCACCCAUACAUAGUGAGGCUGCUGGGUAUCUGUCCUGGCGUAGGACUGCAGUUGGUCACACAGCUCAGCACCCAGGGCUCCUUACUAGAGCACAUCAGGCAGUACAGGGACAACCUGGAUCCCCAGCGGCUACUCAACUGGUGCGUGCAGAUCGCCAAGGGGAUGUAUUACCUGGAGGAGCACCGUAUGGUCCACAGAAACCUGGCUACCCGAAACAUCCUCUUGAAGAGUGACUACGUAGUGCAGAUCUCUGACUACGGUAUCGCAGACCUGCUCUACCCCGAUGACAAGAAGUACAUUUACAGUGAGGUCAAGACUCCCAUCAAGUGGAUGGCCUUGGAGAGCAUCCUGUUCCGCAGAUAUACGAGUCAGAGCGAUGUCUGGAGUUACGGAGUAACAGUGUGGGAGAUGAUGUCUUUUGGGGCCGAGCCUUACGCUGCGGUGCGACCUCAGGAGGUUCCCGACCUUCUGGAGAAGGGGGAGCGCCUGGCACAGCCUCACAUCUGCACCAUUGACGUCUACAUGGUCAUGGUCAAGUGCUGGAUGAUUGACGAGAAUGUCCGGCCCACCUUCAAGGAGCUGGCCAGUGAAUUUACUCGAAUGGCAAGGGACCCCCCACGGUACCUCGUAAUGAAUAUGGAGAGCAGCCUAGCAGAUGCAGCACCUGAUGAGUCUCAUCAAAGACGAGCGCAGCUGGGCGAUUUAGAGGCGGGGCCUGAGGACCAGGAGGAGGGCCUGGAUGGCUGCCUGGCCACGCCCCCACUUUACCUGUCUCCAUCCAGGAGUCACUCCAGACGGCGUGUUGACUCCCAUAGGAGUGUGAGAUCUCAUACUAGUGCAGCUGGCUACCUGCCCAUGACACCUGGCCCAGGAGAACACCCCCAACAGCUGUGGGUGUCCUCCUCCCGCCACAACUCUACAAGGGUGUCAGCAGGAUGUUCAAGUUCUGCUCAAGAUGAGGACCUGAGGUUGGACACCCUUUCGAAUGGUGGCCUGUGCAGCGCCAGAUACCAUGGUGUCAGGGCCUGUGGGUCAGCACACCCCACCAGCUCGCCUGCCCCCCUGCCCACGGAGGAGGAGGAGGAGGACUACUAUGGAUACAUGCUGCCUAGUGAACUUGGGAGCACAUGUGAAGAUGUUUUUCUGGAACACUCUACGUCCCAAAAUGGCAUGCCUUCUCAAAGGGACCCCAGAGUAUCACGGAGUCCGCUGUACCCACCUGGGCCAGAUACAGACUCCUCAAAGGAUUAUUAUGAGGACAUGAACAAACAAAGCUGCCAGCAGUCACUCUCAUCAAAAUGCUCACCUAAUCAACUGGCAGACAGAUCACUGGAGCUGAAGUUUAGCUCAGGACCAACUGCUGCUUUAGUAUCUCCAACCUCAAACACCAGCAGCUCACCAGGAUGGAGAGAGAACACAGCAGGCCUCCAACAGGUUACUCCAGGCCAGAGUCCUGCAAAAUCUCCCGGAGCCAGUGUAAGACCGCAGCCUUCUGAUACCUGGUCGUCAAACAAAGAAGACAAAGAUGGGCAAGAGGAGACUGCACAGAGCCCCGAUGGUGAUGGUGACAGUCGAGAAGAUGGGCAGCCAAAACAAGCACUGAAUGAGGAGGAAUAUCAUUACUCAGACAGCCAGACUGCAGAGGUGGACGUCACAAACAGCAGUACUGUGUGGAAGAAGCGGGACGCAGUAAUGGAGGUGGCAUCAGACCCAGACAAGGCAGGCAAAAACACAGAAGAAGAGAAGGGGAAUGAACUGAGUGGGGAAGAAUGUUAUCAAUACAAUAACAGCCAUCCAAAACUCAGUCAGACCCUAAUUGCCAGUAGUGGGUUGAGGAUUCUUGAUUCUCAAGUUGAGGAAGGGGAGGAGAACCAGUAUGAGGUAAUGGACUCAAUAGGUGUGGUCGCCCUGGGUGCAGAGGAUCGAGCACAAUAUCAGAAUAUCAAGGAUAUCAAUGGAAUGAGGGCAGAGGCCGGGCUGGGCAAGCACAACGGGCUGGGAGCAUAUGUAAAAGUGUGUGCUGGAGUGGGGGAGCCGCGUGCAGACAGGUCCUUCGACAAUCCAGACUACUGGCACAGCAGACUGUUCCUCAAGCCGGAUGCUGUGCGCACAUAGGCCAGGCAGGGACAGGACACACCAGAGGGAUAGGAAAGCAGGAUGAGAUCAUGGCACCAUAUGGUGAAUCCAAAGAGCUAUAAGGUAAACAGGUUAUAAGGUGGUCAAUAUACAGUGCCAGUACUUAUUCGUUUGGGACGUAAUGAGAUAUAUUUUUACAACUGCCAACAGAAAGAAAAUCCUGAAAUAUCCACCCAAUGUGAUUGUGAAUGAAAACUUUUAUUAUACAUUUUAUUUGAAUGAAUCCUUUUCCAUUUUGCUGUUUUUGAAGACAUAGUUUCUCUCCACAAGUUUUCUACAAACUAUAUAUAUUGACUAUACAAGAUAUGUUUUUUAAUUACUUGUAGUUAUAGCAAAAUCAAAAUACAAUUCAGAUAUCAAAAUGAAACACAAAAUGUUCUUGUUGUGUCCUUUUUAUGUGAUCAAACUUAAUAAAUGUGUAAAAAUGUAUGUCUUUACCUUUGCAGUUUAAGCACACAACCUAAGGUACUGAUUUAUGAUCAUUUCCAACUACUUGAACACAUCUGACAAUGACAGCGACACAUAACAUAAUAAAAUAUUCACACAGCAGCAGGCUAAAUGCUGCACUUGUACAAAAUAUUACUUGGCUCCCCUGGCAGCUAAGAGAAAUGGUACAAAUAUGAUUUUGGCAAUAUGAAGCCCAACCCACCAUAAGAGCAACAUUGUUUUUUAUCCCAUUUAUAUUUAUAACACUUUUUUCCAAAGCAACUUACUGUUAAGCUACUUAUA